AUGAUUCUUGUACAGUACUGGGCUCAACAAAUGGGAGGUUCUAGACUACAAGAGUGGACUCCGAAACAUAAGUAUGCAGUGGUGGAGUGGCAGAGAACAUAUAGGACUAGAAAGGUGGUUGGCAAAUGGGUGGAGAGACCUAUCAUUAGUAGAUCAGUUCCAGCAACCCCUACUAAGUCUUCCUCAAAGCAGGAAUCUUAUGGUAUGCUUUACCAUGGGGGAGAUGACUUUUCGGGCGACCUUGGUGAUCACAGGGUGACUCCACUGCACCUGCUGAAGUCCCUGAGUCAAAAUGAUUAUAUAUGUCAAUGGGUCCCAAAGACCAAAGCAUAUCUUGACAUACUCCUUGAAAGAGAGGUUCCAUCAGAUAGAACCCAGCACCAGAGGCUUCCCUUCCAUCGGGUAAGCCAAUGGACAGGCUUGUUUUUUGAGGAAAGUUGCUUGGUCAAGAGUGGGAUGGUGAUCUGGCUGGGGCAUGGAGGAAAUGCUUGCCCAUGGGACGAUGAUGUAGGGGAGUCAGCUCUGUUCACUACAGGGGAAGGAAGUUCUGAUGUUUCGGAUGCCAAAAGCACAUCAGAUGAACCAAAUGCCGAGCCGAGUGCAAAGGAGGCUCAUGACCUACCAACUGGCAUGCCGUUCAUUAAGAACAACAAGGCCAUGACAACAAUAGUCGACAAGUCUGGAGUACAUACCCACAUCAUCAAGUAUUGCACAUGCCCAGAGGCUGCCGCCACCGAUAUACAGUUGUUUCACAUGGGUUUGUUUCCGGCAUCAUUCAUAGAACCAAAGACAGCAUUUACCUUCGAUGUCUUGAAUGACUUCUUACUCGACAACCUGGAGUGCGGGACCUUGGCGAUGAAUUAUUACAGCAAGUUAAGGAGGAUGACCACGAGCAUCUUUCCUCACUUGGUGCUGGACCAUUACCGGGAGCUCAUGAGGGUGGCAAGACAAUGGCGGAAGUUGAAGCUCCUGAAGUGGAAUGGCUUCGGCCAUGAGGAAAAGGAAAUCAGACCCGGCAAUCUAGCCCUCUUCUGUCCAGCCUGUCCCCAGCCAGGAAUAAACGUCACAAUCACUGCCAGAGGCACUGCCGAGGACAUCGAUGCUAACAAUGGAUCUGAUCAAGAGACUCCAAGUUGGUUAUACACAAGAUCACUUGUCAUGGACAGAAACUUCAAAGCUGAGCAUCUCCAUGCCACAAAUCCUGCCGAUGAAGUGUCUCUCAUGGACAGCCGUGGAUUCAUGGUUGGCAAUGCCAUGUACAAGGAGCAUUUGGCCAUUGCCAAGGAUGCCGUGCAACGAUCGGAGUGCAACAACCACCAUGCCGUCAAUUUGGCAAAUGCAUCUCGUCAGAGAUUGGAGGCGACCGGCAUCAGCGGAUGUGCAUGUGUGAGGCAUGGUUGUUUUGUCCCGCACGCCAUGUACACAUUAUCGCCAACCGCCAACAGACAGAUGAACAUGGAUUAUGCUCUGUGCGAGGCAUUGAAGCUCAACGCCGAGGGCAUCCACCGCGUAUUGACCUUCUAUGAUGUGAACUGUCAGUACCAUAAGCACCUACAGGACUGCAUCGCUGACAGUCCAUUGCUGAAGAUGCAUCCGGAGCUGGAAAUCACCCCCGGCAUCGGACUAUGGCAUGUCCAUGGCCAUCCAGACAGCUGCUAUGUCAGAUAUGCCUCCAAUUUCAUACAAGGCGCAGCCAGAAUUGACGGCGAGAUCAUGGAGACAUUAUGGGUGCCGUUAAAUAUAAUCUCACCGGCGGCCCAUGGCAUGGGAACUCCUCACCGAAAAGAAUGCCUGGAUUACCAAAUGAAUGAUUGCAACUUCAUGAAAAUGAUCAGAAUGAGUGGGUGUCUCAUUUAUCCUUUACAUGAAUUUGAAAGCGGAGACCGUACAGGCAAAUCACUUUGCCACAAAUACAAGGAAGCUAUGAAAGGGGUCGCCGACAGCAACAUGGCAUUUGAGCGGCUUGAUGAGACCACCGAUGCCAAUAAAGUCAAAGAUUGGGAGGCCGAGGAGAGGUUGGCACAUGAACAGUGGCGCCAUGAUCCAACAGCAAUGGACAUUUAUGAAGUUCAACUACGCAAAGCGCCGACAAGAAAACAGCAAGAGUUACAGUUGUUAACGGCGCAAGGCCGGCGGCCUGGCGAGGCGCGCCGGAGAGGUGCGGCAACAUGGCUGGCAGAGGGCCUUGGUAUCGAGGAAGCCCAGGUCACGCUGCAGAUGGAUGUUAGAAAGCUUGGACAUUGGUCAACAGAUACUCAAGCAAUAAUUCUUGGUGAGGAAUUAGGCGACAAUGACAUACAGAUCAUGCAACCAGAUCUGCUAAUACUUCAAGAAGAGGCUGAAGAAGAUAUGGAUGUUGAGCUUAGAGCAUUUGAGCUGGAGAGAGGGGUAAUUCCUUUGCCUUCCAAUUUGGGGCUAGAGAAAUGUGCAACCCUCGGCAUUGCUGAUAUCGCCGAUCAGGAACUCACGCUCCGGCAAGGUCAGGCAAAUGAUGCCCUGCACCACAUCAGGGUGCAUUUGGCUGACAAGGCAGUCAUUUUCCGGAAGACUGUCAGAGUAGCAAAACUCGGCGCAGACGAUGCACUGCUCAAGAGAUACCAACCGUUGACAAGGGAGCAUCUCAAGGUCAGUACUGCCGUCGCCAAUCCAAAUUCAAGAGGGCAGAGGAACAAUGUGCUAGCUUGGUUUUGGUCAUUGGAUGUGGAAGGGGACUCCAACAGCAGUGACUGGCUGAAUGAGUUUUACUGGCUUCGUGCCAAGGCUAUGAGAGACCGAUGGGCAGAAGAGUUGUUGCUUGUUCAGCAUGAAAUGGAUUGGACAUGCAACUUUUUGCUCCAGAAGGCUGAUGAAUGGAUCUGUCUCGGUGCCAUCUCGAAGCUCGCCCAGAAGCAUGGACAUGUGGCAUACUCGGAGAGGCAGUGCAAAAUCUAUCAAUGUCUCUUCGGAGAGGCAAGUGAUUCAUUCAACCAGGCGAUGGCUGCAUGUCCACCGGUGUAA